AACACGGCCGACGCCGAAGCACCGCGCCAAGUAUCCGACCGGGGAGCCCCGGGGACGUUCUAAAGAUAGAAAAGCGCGCGCCGCCGAUGCGCUUCGCGCCGCGCUGUCACGACGAGAAGCGCGUCUCUCCGCGCGACGACGCGGCGACGCGGGCUUCCAUCGUGCGACGACGAUGAGGAGGUAUCGCGCGUGACACGGAGGCACCGAGGCGAACGAUCGAACGCGACGAUCGAGGACGCGCGGUUUAAUGUUCCGGAGAUCGAGGAAUCUGAAGAUGUUUAAGGAGCCGUGACUGUUCGCAUACUCGCAAACUUUGUGAAGAAGUGAAGUGAAUCAAUGUAAGUCUUGAAUGAUUAAAGGGACAAGCGCGUAAAAAUGACAGGCACGUAAAGAUAAGUCGUACUAAAAUUUGCGAGAAAUUAACGAGCCUAAUGAGAUUUUGAAGAGGGGUAGUUGAAAUUAUUGUCGUGAAACAAUGAAAAGACACCAUUUGUACGCUUAAUAAAUAUAUACGGAUCUUAAGAGAAAAAGAGAUCAUAAGAGAAAGUGAGAAGAAAAGGAGGAUAAAGGAUAGAGAGACAAAAGGGGGACAAGAUUCGGCUAAUUAAAAUCUGAAAUGGAAAUCUGAUAACACAAGACAAAAAACAAUGAAAACUUAGUAGCAAAUGGAUAAAUACUAGUAAAACGAGAUAACGAAGGCUACCUUGCAGGUUAUAAACGUAAAGUGUAAAGAAAGGAAAAGGAGAGACGUAGAAAAUUGGAUAGAAUUGUCGGAGGAAGACAAUUGCAUAGGUAUUCCCGAAAGAAAUAAAGAAAACACAUACUGGUAUAUAGAACGUUAAAGGUAGAAAAAUCGAUUGUGGAAGAUUUAGAAUCGGAAGCAGUAAAGUGUAGGAAUCUUGAUGAAAAGAGAAAAGGAAGAUAUUUGGCAGAGUUGAAAUUGAUGUUGAGAGGAAAGUGGGCGAGAAGAAGGUAGAUAAAUGAACUCACCGAGCGGAAAACUUGACAAGGCCAAAAGGAACAGUAAGGGUACGCGAGGCUUAAAUGAAGGAUAAUCGCGAGGAGAAGCGUAUUCAAACCGGAGAUGAAUAGGAGGAGGAGAUGGAUUAACGUGGAAUCAUCACAUGUUCUCAACCAUAAGAAACGAUAAAUAUAUGCCCACGCUAGGAAUACAUCGGAUACGUGACAAGAUUUGCGAGACGAGGACAAACUUCCAUGAAGUUUACCUCGCUUAUCUUUGUGCUGUAAACGAUGGCGAACGAACGUUCGCGGAUGAUCAGCUUCGAAACGGCUGAUUCGCUUUAAAACGCACGUGCUCCCGUCGAGAUCGUGUAGUACAUCGAAGAAAUACACGGACGCGAAUCGCACCCCGCCGAUCGUAUCAGCCACGAAGUGUUCGCGCGAGCAAUAAGCCGUUUCGAUCAUCCGUUCUUAGUGAUUAAUAAACUUGACGCGAUAAACUUUAUCGAAGACACGCAGAUUCCUUGAAUCCGACCACGUGCACUGUGUUCAGGAAUACAAGACAGCAUAAAAAUUCCGGAGAGAAGACUUAGGAAGUUGUUAGGAUAAUUUACGCAUUAUUUGAGCGUAUUUUUACUGCCGAUUUACGAUUUGAGAAAAACCAGGGUUUAGUCUUCAUCGUCGUAUCAUCAUCGAUUUCCAACGAGUAUAUCGUCAGUAUAUACAUAUAUACCUUUGUUCUCACAGUGUAGUGCAAUCUCUCGUUCUCGUCGAUGCGGCGGGAACUUCGACGGAAGUGGCAGGGAGCGGAAGCAAUACCGAAAUCGAACGCGGGGUGCUGCCGCGCGGUCUACUGGUUUCGUGACGCGAGGUGGUGAUCAUCCCCCGUUGUGGGUCGCCUCGGUUAGUGUCUUCCGCGACUCAGGGGGUCGCGCCCGGGACUCGCUGCCACAACAUGGGCUGCGAACUUAGCAAACUGGCCGCCACGAAAUCGCGCAAUCAAGCCGGAAACGAUGGCUCAUCGCCGCCGCCGCCGCCGCCGGCCGCCACGGAUCCUCGACUUCCGCUCACGGCUCGGCAAAAAUUUACGGUUAUCGCCAGCUGGAAAGCGGUCUCCAGGGCAUUGGAGCCCACGGGUAUAUACAUGUUCAUAAGGUUAUUUGAAGAGAACACGGAAUUGCUAAAUAUGUUCACGAAGUUUCGGGAUCAAAAGACAAAGGAGCAACAGUCUACGAGCAUGGAACUGGCCGAGCACGCGAAAACGGUCAUGACCACCCUCGACGAAGGUAUCAAGAGCCUGGACGACAUGGAUGCGUUCUUGACGUAUCUUCACGAGGUCGGGGCCUCUCACACGAAGAUCCCCGGAUUCAACCGGCAAUACUUCUGGAAAAUCGAAAAACCGUUUCUGGAUGCGGUGGAACGCACGCUGGAGGAUCGAUACUCGGAAAAUGUGGAGAACAUCUACAAGCUGACGAUCAAGUUCAUCAUCGAGACACUGAUCGACGGCUUCGACAAGGCACAGAGCGACAAGGCCAAGUCCUAGUCGUCCUAGUCCCGAGGAUCCGGCACGCACGCGAUCGCCCUCGAUCUUGCGAGAUGUUGACAGCCCCCCGGGUCGGCCUGGCUUCCCGACAUUUGGAACGGGAGAAUGCCAGCCGACGAUUCUUGAGAAGACGACGACGGGGACAAUCGUCGUUCUUGCGUUGAUUCGCGCGGCGUCAACACGUCGCUGCUACGUUUCUCCGCGAAUUCUUGAGAAACGCGAAAUGCGAGCGCGUGGCGUUUUGCGCCGCCGCCCUCGCCGGCCUGAGAUCUUUUUCUCCCUCGAACGGAUCUCGCCAUUAAACGUCUCCGGAUAUUAAGAACACAGUCCUGAGUAAAUCCUUCGGGAUCUCUUCGUAAAAACCGUGCCGCAACGCGAAGCGAAAAAGCCGCGCGGCUCUCCCACGACAGUCGAAGGGUUCUCUCUUUUUAUCUGUUUAAUUCGACUAACAAUUAAUGUUGAU